GCUCGUCGUUUGCGUGUCGGUGGGGACGUUAGUCUGUUUUCCCGCUUAUUUUCAUGUCAUUGAUCAACCAAAAUGUUAACCGUAUCCUCUGACACGCUGUCCCAAAAUGCCAACAAAUUGGACAAAUUCAUUAAGCUGCGAAAAGCCGGCGAAGGUACGUAUGGCGUUGUGUACAAAGCUAAGGAUAAAAUCACUGGCAAAUUUGUGGCUCUAAAGAAGAUGAAACUGGACAGAUAUGAGAAUCGAGACUCAGAGGGCAUACCUUCUACAGCCAUCCGGGAAAUUUGCCUUUUAAAAGAUUUGCAUCAUUCAAGCAUUGUGGAGCUCCUGGAUAUCAUAUGCGGGGAUCAAAAGUCAAUAUAUUUGAUCUUUGAAUAUCUUGAGUUGGAUUUGAAAAAUUAUCUGGAUUUAUCUAAGGAGCGUUUGCCAGAGGAUUUAAUCAAGAGCUAUGUGAAGCAAUUAUUUGAGGGUUUGGCAUACUUACAUUCACAUAGGAUUUUGCAUCGCGAUUUGAAACCACAGAACAUACUGAUAGACAAGGAAGGGCACAUCAAGUUAGCAGAUUUUGGUUUGAGUAGGUGUUUUAUGGUCCCGAUUAGAGCUUACACGCACGAGGUGGUAACGCUUUGGUAUAGGGCUCCUGAAUUGCUGCUGGGAUCAAAGAUGUAUGGACCUGGAGUGGACGUGUGGAGUUUAGCUUGCAUUAUGGCUGAGAUGAUCACCAAGAAAGCCAUAUUUACCGGUGAUUCCGAGAUCGAUCAGGUAUAUAAAAUGUUCAAGAUUUGCGGCACACCUAACGAAUCAACCUGGCCGGGAUGCACGAGUCUUCCAGAUUACCGCAGUUCUUUCCCGAAAUGGGAACCUCAGGAUCUGUCCGAUCAUAUCGAUUUUCACACACCUCAGCAGAAAGAUUUUUUAUUGAGCAUACUAGAGUACAAUCCGGCUAAGCGAUUCACUGCUAGAGAAGCCUUGAAGACUGAUUACCUGAAGCAUACGAAACUGACUUCGCCCGAGCUGCAAUCCUUCGAAGGUUUUUCGCAAAAUUAACCGUAGUUAAUCUACAUUAAUUGAAUUCGAAACACAUAGAGCCGGGAUCUAACUUUAAGAUAGUCGUUUCGAAUCAACAAUUUUCUAAAAUCCUAAUGGAUUGUAUGUUUAUUAAUUUUAAGUAAUUGAAAGAUGACAUUUUUUCUCCUACAUAUAUUUGAAUCAUUAUGACAAAGGAUUGUAUAUAUUGGAUACUAAAUAAAUCGAUUCUAUUUUUUAAAACUA